GCAGAGGCCGCUUUCCAUCCGGGUCCCUGUCCGUGCGGUGCAGCAGGUCGGUAGGCGGGAAAUGGCGACUGGCUGAAGGAGCUGGUUCUGUUGCUGCUGAGGGCUAAGCGGGAAAGACACCACCUAUUGCGCACUCGGGACCAUUGCCGGAGCCUGAGGACACUUUUCUGUCGUCACAGUGAAGGUUUACAUGUGGCACCCAUAAAAGAUGAAGCUGAGAACACGGAAGGCUUCUCAGCAACCCAGUCCAAUCCAAACACAGCGCACUGCCAGAGCAAAAAGGAAAUACUCAGAGGUUGAUGAUAGCUUGCCUUCAGGAGGAGAAAAACCAUCAAAGAAUGAAACUGGCUUAUUGUCUUCAAUUAAAAAAUUCAUUAAAGGAAGCACACCCAAGGAAGAGAGAGAAAUUCCUUCAAAACGGAGUAGAAUUGAACGUGAUAUAGAUAAUAAUUUGAUUACAUCAACACCAAGAGCUGGAGAAAAGCCUAACAAACAGUUGUCUCGAGUAAGACGGAAAAGUCCAGUCAAUGGAGAAGCUGGUGGUUAUGAAAUGACAAAUCAACAUAUAAAACAAAAUGGGAAAUUAGAAGAUAAUCCUUCCUCAGGUAGUCCCCCAAGGACUACAUUGCUGGGGACCAUAUUUUCUCCUGUCUUCAACUUUUUUUCACCAGCAAAUAAAAAUGGAACGUCAGGCUCAGAUUCCCCAGGACAGGCUGUGGAAGCUGAAGAGAUAGUGAAGCAGCUUGACAUGGAACAGGUGGAUGAAAUAACUACCAGCACUACGUCAGCUAAUGGAGCAGCUUACUCAAAUCAAGCAGUUCAAGUGAGGCCAUCGAUUAAUAAUGGCUUAGAAGAAGCAGAAGAAACAGUUACCCGUGAUAUCCCACCUCUUACAGCACCAGUAACUCCAGAGAGUGGUUACUCUUCAGCCCAUGCAGAGGCCACCUAUGAGGAAGACUGGGAAGUAUUUGACCCCUAUUAUUUCAUCAAGCAUGUUCCACCACUGACAGAAGAACAGCUAAAUAGGAAACCUGCUCUUCCUUUGAAAACAAGAAGCACACCAGAGUUCUCCCUGGUCUUAGAUCUGGACGAAACACUAGUGCAUUGUAGUCUGAAUGAGCUAGAAGAUGCAGCACUUACUUUUCCAGUCCUUUUCCAGGAUGUCAUUUAUCAGGUUUAUGUGAGAUUAAGACCAUUCUUCAGGGAAUUCCUUGAACGAAUGUCUCAGAUGUAUGAGAUCAUUCUUUUUACUGCUUCUAAGAAGGUGUAUGCAGACAAGUUACUGAACAUACUAGACCCUAAAAAGCAACUGGUCAGGCACCGGCUUUUCCGAGAACAUUGUGUUUGUGUACAAGGAAACUAUAUAAAGGACUUAAAUAUCCUUGGAAGAGAUCUUUCCAAAACUAUAAUAAUUGACAACUCACCACAAGCCUUUGCCUAUCAGCUUUCUAAUGGAAUCCCUAUAGAAAGCUGGUUUAUGGAUAAAAAUGACAAUGAACUCCUAAAAUUGAUUCCAUUUCUGGAGAAGCUUGUAGAACUGAAUGAAGAUGUCCGGCCUCACAUCAGAGACAGAUUUCGCUUGCAUGAUUUGCUGCCCCCAGAUUAAGUUCAGAGACUUGUCAGAUCACUGAGGGGGGAGAGAAUGCAGGACCCUUUGGACUAAGACAAAAACAUUGCCAUUACUGUUGAAAUUUUGCAUUUUUGUACCCCGUCUUGCUUUUCUUAUCUUUGGUGCCCAAUAAUAAUGAAGGGUUACAGAAAGAGACUAUCUCAGAUUGAACACACACAGUGGGUAGGCUAAAACAGAAGCGUCUGUAGAACUAGUACAACUCCAGUGAACUUUUUAUGUCCAGGACAUCUGCAGUUUAUAAAGAAUUCUGUUUCUGCCACCAGCAGUUUGACCUGUAGUACACAGGAUUUUAUGAUAAUAACAGAGUUGAAAGUGGACUUCCAUUUUCUCUCUGUUUGGUGCUCUCAGUGGGUUUGUAGCCACUUUUCUGUUACUUUACUAUUCUCAUUUCAACAGGAAUGGCCAGUAAAAGUUGUUUUAUUUUUCCUGUUAAGGUUUAUAACCUUUUUACAUUUCUGACCUGUAUUAGAUUAGAAUCUCAUGAUGCAUUCCUUUUAGUUGAGGCGCUUCAUAGUUUUCUGGAAAUAGUCAAUUUUUAGGUUUUUUUUUUUUUAAUUAUACAUUUGAAUGGCCGUUUUCCUGCUUUGUCUGCCUGCAUAUUGUAUAUUUGUUUAAAAAUAUUCCCUACUUUUAGUCCAUGUAAGUUUCAUUUUAAAAAAACAUGCAUUUAUAUUUUCUGUAAUAUUCUACUGUAGGUGAAAUCUUCAAAAAUCAAGAGACUGGGUAGGUAAGAAUAUAUGAAUGACUAAUAUUCAAACAAUUUGAACCAUUGUGAUGACAUGUAUUCCAGAUGGUAAUAUCUUGCAAUGGCACACAUUUAAUGGAAAAAGGUAUACCUCAGACUUCACUGUGCUCAUUAACCUUUGAGGAGAACGAGUUCAGUCUCCUGUUGGGCUUGAUUCAGUUACUGCUGCCUUUGGUUUUCUCCAGGAAUGAAGUAUUCAGCACAGUGACUCAGUAUUUACUUUGCAUGGGCUGGUAGUACCUCUGUUAUGCUCUCGGUUACAAUCAGUUUAAAACUCUGUGUAACAGUCUUGGUACCUAACAGUGGCUAUGCAUAAUCCUGUGGCACAGUACACUCCCGGCCACCAGUGCAGUUAAUAUGCUCAUAGUGGUUUUCUAUGCUAUAUGAAAAUAGUCGUCACGCCUUGGUUCUCUAAUGCAGCUACCACAAGAGGUUGAUAUUUUUAUAGUGGCGUGUAAUCUCCUUUUCAGGGGGCUUUUUAUGGAAGGUAGAAUUUGUAAGAGUUAGUAUGCUUUGCCUCUCAACUGCAUUAACAUGCCGCAGGCUCAGACUGUUUUUGUGUAAAGGAUGUCAAAGAACGGCACUUUUUCUAAAGAGAAGUUUGAUAUUUUGUAUGCUUGUUAAGAAAGUACAGUAUUGGAAAUUAAAGGUGGACAACUGAUAAUUGAGGAGUAUGUCAGUUAAUUUUUUAUGUAUAUUACUUGUUUACUUGUACAACUUAUUGUACAAAUUACAUGCAGCUUCAUUUUCAAAUGAAUCCUUAAAAUAAGGAAAUCUUUUUAGGAAAACAUUUAAUUUUUGUAUUUUUGAUUUUAAAGGCGCAUGAGUUGUCAGUUUUCAGUGUAUUAAUGAAGAUUUUAACUUUUCAUCAGGUUGAGUGUUUUCUUACUAUAUUAUCUGUUGUGUAUGUAGUUAGCAUAUUGUGUCACUGAACUGUUUAAAAAUCUAGCAUGUAGAGCAAGCUUGUUUUGUGGAAAAUCCUUAUUCAUUAAAAAAUAAUCAUGGCAGAUUUUCUGCAAAAAAAAAAAGCAAAAGCAUUUGCAAUUCAGAAUACUGAUUUUUUUUAUUAUUUUAAGAAAAGGUAUUUUGCUUGCAGGAACAAUACUACAGAUUCAUUUUAAUGAGAAUCUUUGAAAUGUAUUUAUCUUUAGGGCACCUGGGCAUCUUUAUGCUGUUUGUCUUAUAUCUUUCUUGAAAUAAAAUGUACAUACGUUACCUUUACACAUGCUCUUGCUCAAAAUUGUGAACCUAGUUAAUUUCUUCCGGACCCCAUCAUUUUUAUGCUUACAUAGCAAACCCCAAACCUAUACAAGAUCUGAAUUUUUGACAUGCAUAAUAGUUCAAAGUUUUCCUAAUUAAGUGAAUUCAGUCUCAAAGCCCUUCCCACAACUCUUAAGAAAAAAUGUAAACACUUGUACCAUUGUGCCUGUGGGCACUUUAAUAAUAAAAAGUAGGCCCAUUCAAGGAGAGCUUUAAGUCAGCUGAGUUAAGAACGACAAACUUCUGUAGAGAAAAAAAAUACAUUGUGGGAAAGUUUAUAUGACCUAAGAGUUGAGACCACACUAAUAUAUUAUUUUUCCAUUACUUUAUUUGGGUAAUUCUAAAGUUUUUAAUACAAAGUUUAAACUAUAAAGAAACAAUUUAGCCAGUGACUUCCCAUCUCAUUAAAUUGUUUUCCAAUCCUAUCUUUUUUGUUGUUGUUGUUGGUAGCUGUAGAACACUUCCAUUUAGUUAUUUGGAGGUGUGUAGUUUUUGAAUUGAGAUGUGCCCAGCCUGUCAGUGCACACAGCAAACAUGACUGUAGUAAAUGCAGGGCCAUGGAUCCAUGAGGCACAGCAAGCUACCUGUGUACAAUUACAACUCUUAAGGACCUAUUAAAAUUGUGCUAUUUCCAGUAUGAAUGUUUGACUUUUAAGAAAUUCUUUUGAAUAUUUGUAUCAUUGUUAGAGGAUGUUUUAAUUGGUUGUAUUUUUUAGUCCCAUGUAAUAUAUGUAGUCCUGACCAGAUUUACUACAUUUUUCUCUGGGUCCUUAAAGAGAAUCGAUGACAAUUCGUAACCAGAAAUUGUUUUAUAUUUGCUAGUAUGUAUAUUUAUUUAUCCAAUGGCUUUAUUUGUUUCCCAAAAUUAUAUUGGGACUUGUUGAAAGCAUUGUGUGACUUCUAUAAAUGGCUAUUUUCUUGUAACUGUCAGUGAUAUGGAUGUGUACAUUGUUUUAUAUAUACAUAUAUAUAUAUAUAUAUACAUAUAUAUAUUUCUGGGGGUAAUUUCUUUUUAGGGUCGACAGUGUUUUUUUGUUUUGUUUUUUUAAGUUACCUUUUGCCAAUGACUUUUUCUGCUAGCUUUUACUUUCAUUCAGCUUUCUAACGGAGUUCAUUCUUAUUGUGUUGUCAACUUGCCUGUAAGAGAGACUUCAUCUCAUCAGUGAAGGAGGUGUUUCGUUAUUCCCACGAGUCUUACAGCAAGCACAGAUUCUUCAUAAGGAUCAGAUCUCUUCCACGUCUGUGUCAGUCACAUAAAGGACACUGAAGCCUUCAUUUCUUUGUACUGAUAUGAUGGUGUUAUACACUACAUCACUAGCUAGUUAAGGUUUUGUGACCUGACUUCUUCGUCUUCCUAGGUAUUUAUUUGUUACCUCUUUAAAUCUUGUAUGUCUAAAUUAACUUAGAAUAGUUACCCACCGAAUAACUAUGCCAAGAACUAGGAAAGAAUGUUUAUUUUAUUUCCCCUUAUAGGGGAAGAGUGGACUGGGAACAAAAAUGUAAGGCCAGGAGGCCUUAGGUUGUCAUUCAUUCACUUUCUUAUUCCUCUCAUGGGCUGUAUUGGAUUUUUAUUUUUUUCCAGUGCUAAUGUAUUUGAUUAUACCAUUGCUUUUUAUGUCUUCCCUUGAGUUGAAAGCCUGCUAGGAAUUUGUAUAAAAUAUCUUUAAAAGUUUUCAGAGUUAGAAACACAAAACUCAGUAGUACCUUACAUUCAAAUGCUACUUAAAUUAUUGAAAUCCAAGUCACACUACUAGGAUGAAUUUUCAUAAAAUGUUUCUCUGUUAUCUUGAAUUGGAAUUCCAUUGUAAAUCAGUUUAGUCUGCAAACAUGUUUUGAGAUCUUUUACAAAAGGAUUUAAGAGAACAAGUUUAUUCUAGUUUAUGGCUUAAUAUUAUUAUUUUAAGAUACAUUGUGAUUCCCAAACCUGCCUGUUCAUCAGAAUCACUCUGAGGAGCUUUUAAACUACAGACUCCUAAAGCCUACUCCUGGGAACUGUUUCCUUGUGUCUGGAGCCCUUGUAUAUGGGAGUUCUGUUUUUAAAGUUCUCCCAGUGAUUUGCAUAGGCAACUUUGGGAUAUCCCUGUUCUAAAUAGUGGUUUGAGGAUAGGUUACAAAAGUUCACCAGGCAUCUCUCUGUGGUAGUUUUUUAAUUUUUUUCUUUCUUUCCCUUUCUUCCUUUUCCUUUUCUUUCUUCCUUUUUUUUUUUUUUUUUUUAUGCUGGGACCAGAUUUCACAGAACUUAUUCAAGCUACAAGGAGGAAUAAUGAAGAUUGAGGCUACUGCUCAUUAUCAUUUUUGUCAUUCAUACUUUUUAAAGAGUUUGCAUUUAUAGAACUCUGAAUAGCUGACCAUUUACAUACCUGAAGGACAUGUCCCUGAAUGAGACCAUUAUAUAUAUUAACUAAAAUAUUUCACUAUUUUUUUAUUUUAUAAAUCUUUGUAGAAAUGAGCAAUGAAAUGCUACUUUCAUCUUUUGAAAUGGGAUUUUUCAAGGUAGUGUCCUUUUGGCAUUAAGGUAGGGGGGAGUUAAUAUUCUCUCUACUUAUUUCCACAUGAAUCAAUAUGAAGUCGUGGACAUUUAAAAAUCUCAAUUUAAUUUCUACUUAUUUACUAUGCAGUAUAGCCGUGAACAAGUAAUGUAGAUUUAGUUUCUCAUCUUCAAAUGCCCUGAUCACCCUACCUCACAGGGUUGUUGUGAGGAUAAAUAAAACUUUUAUGGAAGUA